AUGGACGACAAUAGGGCUAAGGAGAGGGAGACGGGGAGGCCCGGGGGGUUGGGGCGCCAGCCUCUGGGGGUCGACUCGAAGGGCGGAUCAUGGGCGGCGGUGGCUAGGGGCCCGGCGAACCAAGGCCGAUGGACACGCCACCAAAUCUCGGAGGGGGAGCUGGGAGCUCUGAAGACCUGUUUCACGGAAGUUCUGGAGAUCCCGGAGGAGAGGCUAGAGAAGACAAGGAUGGAAUGGAGGAGUACCUCUGUUUUUAUGCAGAGUGUGGGGCGGAAGGUGCCGGCGGAGUGGGUCGGGCGUGAGCUGAGAAGGAUGGGGAACUUGGACUAUAACGUCGAGGUCGUCACAAUGGCCGACGACGUCCUGGCGGUCCGCUUCGCCUGUGAGGAGGAUCGGGAGGCCAUGCUGGUGAGGGGGCCAUGUCUAGUCGCCGGACAGCUUCUCACGAUGGAGCGAUGGAAGCCGAACUUCAUCCCCGGCUCCGGUGGUUCUGGACGGGUGGUAGUGUGGCUCCGCCUCCCACGGCUGCCGUUGGAUUUCUGGGCUAAGGAGACAUUGAUCCAGAUUGCAGCAACGGCGGGAAGACCUUUGGCCUUGGACGCAGCCACCGAUCAAGGGAGGAAGAGGGGGUUUGCUCGGAUUAAAGUGGAGCUUGACAUAAGAACUCCUCUAAAGCCGGGAAUAUUCAUGAAGGGAGCUAAGGAAGGAUUAGAGAGGAAGAUAUGA